UGCUUAGACUGAUGCACUACAGAGACGCGCGCGGGCGGCCAUGAGAGGGAGAACGAAGCGAACGAAUGAAGCAAAGAAACAACUCAGGAGGAUCCAGCCCGAUGAGAAAAAUCAUAGGGAAAAUGUAACAAAAACGAAACAAAAACGGGGCAAACAUGAAACCAAUCGCGGGAGGGUGGGGUAGGUGGUGGGUGUUUCUUGGUUGGUGGUUUCGGGUUUUGUUGUUGUGUGCGAUUGCUGGGUUGGUUUUUGGGUGGGGUGAUGUGUUGGGAAGUAUUGUGGGAUGGAGUUCCGAAUGGUGCACAGGGUUGCUGCUGGGGAUUGACAGAAGAACUUAGGGAAAGUGUCGCGGAGAAGUCAAAGAACUGGUGGGGGCAGGGAUUGGCUCGUCGUUCGGGUUUCUUUGGGGUAGAAGAUGUUAAGAAACGAGCUGAUUUGAUUUUGGGGGCAACAGGUUGGCAUCUGCAAGGGUGGGAUAGACCAGCAAGCUUGUUUGUUCGUCGUCUACUGCGGGAUCACGUGCGUCGCAUGUUGAUUCUGUAAGGUUAUGACUUUUGUGAAGUCUGUUGUGUUUUCUUUGUGCUUGAAUCUGUAUGAGAGUAGCAUUGAUUUAUCUGAACACCAUAAGACAGUAAGAAACGUCGGCUGAUUUUCUCUGUGUAUUUUUUUCCAGUCGGGAUUGUAUGGCUGAGGAGUUACCUCAGCAAGAAUCUGCUGGCAAAUGUGGCGCGAGUUAUGUAUAAAAGAAGACGAGAGCUGUGCGUGGUGUGUGCAUUCUUAUGGUCUUAAGAGUAGACUGGAGCUUGAUCUGUGCCCUUUCCUCCGAAAAUCGGCCAGAGACUGCAGUGGAAGUUAUGUGGAGCAUCCCUUCUUUUGGUUUUGUAUAGAUUUAUUUAUUUGUUUUUCAGUACGUGUUUGGUAACUAAGUAUUAUGUAGCAAGGUGCAAUGAGUUCAAAAGUAGAUAGUCUUUUGCGCGAAAAGCGCAGACACAAGCCAGAGAAACUACAGCAGAAGUUGGCGGCGAAGCUGAUUGCGAAGAGGGGCAAGCAAUGCGAGAAAGAUUCAAGCUCUGAGGAUGAACAAAUAGUAGCGGACAAGCAGUUUCUGGAGAAGUACGCUAGUACUCACAAGUUCAUAGUAGAAAGCCGCUCGAUGGAAGAGUAUAGGAGGAACAAAAUGGCGUGGUGUGUGGUACAAGAAACAGCAGUAGGCAUAGAGGAGCUGACUGCUGAUCGGCAGUGCCUUGACAUGAUGAUAGAAAACGAGGUGGACUGUGCUUCUCGUGGUGUGAGAUCAAUGGGCGCGCAUGCAGUGGAAAUCUGGCGGGGAAGUAAGUGGCAAUGUAUACAUCGGGUGGCUUCUUGGAGGCAGCCAGAAUGCAAGGUGCGGGGGAAGGUGCAGGUGCCCACUUAUGGGCACUUGUUUGCGCCGAAGCUGUCAGCCAAAGCAGACGCCAUUGCAAGUCUGCAUAAGGGACCCACGCUUUUGCCGCAUGAAGUUCCUUUGCGAAAUGCUUGCUGCCUGCGAGGCCUAUGA